ACAGAACUCUGUGGCUGUCUCUUUGGGCCUGGUGCUUAUUUUAUGAGAAGAGGGACUGUAAUUUGCUGUUAUUUGUAGAUGUGAUUAUACUGAUAAAAUCCAAUCAUUGCUGGUCCAUCCUCACUUGGAAAGUCCUAGGAGGCCUGAGCGCCAGAAGGUCCCGAGAUAUCAAGUAAAACCCUUCAUGACCCUCGACCACCAAAUCAUCAACCAGACUCUCAAACGGCCACCCCCUCCAGCACCAGGCUGUGUGUUUGUGGCUCAGCAUGGACACAUGAGUCCUGACAGUGACACUGGCCUGGCAACCAAUCCAUUCAUGAGACUGCUGACUCUGGAGACAGAGGAUGGCACUACAGAAUGGCAAGUGGAGGAUGUUAUUGAGGAUAUAAUUAGUAUGGAAUCAAGUUUUAAAGAGGAAGGAACAGGCUCUCCUCUGCUAAUGCAAAGAACGUUAUCUGGAAGUGUUUUGGAUGUAUACAGUGGUGAUCAGGGGAUUUCAUCAGUUAAUAUGGGUCUCACAAGUGCUUCCUGCCCAAGUGGUCUACCAAUGAAAAAAGAAUUUACAGAAACUGACACAAGAGCUUUGGCAAAAGAAAGACAGAAGAAGGAUAAUCAUAACCUCAUUGAAAGAAGAAGAAGGUAUAAUAUUAAUUACCGAAUCAAGGAGCUUGGCACUCUUAUUCCCAAGUCUAAUGAUCCUGAUACGCGCUGGAACAAAGGAACCAUUCUGAAAGCGUCUGUGGAGUACAUCAAGUGGCUACAAAAAGAACAACAGAAAACCCGGGAGUUAGAACACAGGCAGAAGAAAUUAGAGCAGGCUAACAGGCGGCUCCUACUCCGGAUUCAGGAACUAGAAAUACAGGCUCGUGCUCAUGGUCUGCCAGCACUGGCUUCACUUGGAUUGGUUGAUUUAGGUGCUCACAUCACCAAACAGCAGACCCACCCUGAGCAAAAUUCUGUAGACUAUCCUCAACAACUGAAUUCUUCUCAGGGCCCAAGCCCAGAGUUCUGUGGUCAAGCAGUGGCCUUCUCUGAUCCUUUGUCGCAUUUCACAGAUUUAUCAUUUAGUGCUGCUUUGAAAGAGGAACAAAGACUGGAAGACAUGUUGCUGGAAGACACAAUAUCCCCAUUUGGAAUGGACCCUCUGCUAUCCGCCACUUCCCCUGCGAUUUCUAAAGCAAGCAGUAGGAGUAGCUUUAGCUCAGAGGAAGGUGAUGAGUUGUAAGACAUAAGCAGGCUCAUUUCAUCAACUGCGAAGCAACUUUAUACUGGUGCUAUGCCAUUAAAUUCUGGGUUUCCUAUACUUCUUUUGUUUAAUUUUGUACAAAGAAUAUAUUUUACACAAAAGAAUGAUUAGAAGCAAUGGAAGAAAUCAUUGUAAGAAGAAACCUGAACACUGAACAAGGACUGAGGACCAGAGUAAUGUUUUCUUAAUUUUUCCCAACAUUAUUUAGAUUUCAUUUUUCUAGAAAUAAGUAUAACAUGAAAAUGGCUCUGAGGUGAUGUUUUAAGAGCAGGGCACAAUGAGAUUUCAUUGGGACUCACAGCCCUAAAAUGUGCACUGACUGAAAUAUACAGCUCUGUGGUCAUUCCCUUACUUAUUUUAUUUCACCUCUUACCACACGAGUUUUGAAGAAUACAAGCAUCAGAUCUGAUGAUUUUUGCCUUUUUAUUGUGUGGUGGACAUGCUGUCUAAGAUUCAAAUAUUAUAGGGAAGAUACUUUUAAAAUAUCUUUUCUGUCACAUUGCAAUUGAAAACUCAACCUAAAUAAACAUGAUUUUUUUUUCAAAAUGAAAUAUAGGACAUUUAUAAAAAUAUUUUCUAAUACUAACUCCUAAUUCCUUCAGUCAUUUCAAUAAUACUGGUUCUGAAAAUUAUCUUACAUGUUUUUGUCUCUAUGUUCUGUUCAGAAGGAACAUGCUGAAUGAGUUCCUCCAGAAUGCAGUACUGAACUUUAACAUUUCACACAAACACAUGCACACAA